UAAAAAGCUCAGCUGCCCGACUAUUCUUCAGCCUCCUUGGCACAUUUGACGAACGCGGUGCUCGCCCAUGACUCCUUCAAUCCUGUAAAAGCCUCAAUAAUAGGUCAGAUAUCUUCUAAGAGUCAUUUUUGACAGAGUGGACAGGUAUAAUGGGCCUCCUAGGCAAAAGCAAGCAAGUCAAAGAAAAUGAAGCCGAAAUCGCAGGACUCCAACACGAACUAGCGAAUGCAAAGGCCCAGCUUAGAACGGCGACAUCACAUGCCCGAGACCUGACCCAGCAACUGGAUACUUUACAAGUCCAAUAUACGAUCCGAGAGUCCAGACAUGUCGAAAAUAUCAAGGGAUUACGAACUCGAAUACAGCACCUAGAGGAAGAGAAAUCAACUUUAGAGGCCUCGAACACUAUAUUGAACACAGACCUAGGUGUAUUCCGAACCACGGCCGAACAAAGAACUCUAGAAGUCGGUACGCGAGAUGUCAUGAUUCAAGAAUUACAGCAACUGCUUGCUCGUGUCGAUUCAGGGAACAGCAAUACGGUCUCUAAUUUCGAAGUUAAAGACCUUUUAAGUAUUGUUCAGGCUCAGGGGUUAGAACUGCGACGGCUGGAACUUUUAGUACAAGAAAAGGAGCGCUCUCUGGCCUCACCUACGAACCAGUUCACGCAAAAGCAAAGGGAACUCGCUAAGUUACAGGACCAGUUACAAAAAAAGGAGUGCGACCUGCAAAGAUCGGCGGAGCAGUAUGCUAGAGUAGAGAAGGAUAUGCAUCACCUCAGGGCGGAGUGGAAUAGCUGCAGAGAGGCGUACGAUUUAAACCAAAAGAAAUGGACAGCUAGUAGCCGCCAAUAUAAGAAUCUCUUUGACAGCAUGAAACGAAAGCAUCUGGAGGAGCUCAAUGGGGCACUGGAACAGGUUAGAAAAGUGACCGUAGAUCUUGAGAGAUCACAGGCGGCUUUUUCUGAGAAAGAGCAAUCAGGUCUGGCAAAGCAAAGAGAAAUUGACGAUAUAAACGGCCAAAACGAAAAUUUUCGACAACAGAUCGCUGAUAGAGAUCGCCAGAUUACCACGCUACAACAUGACCUCGAUGAAAGAACCGAAACACUCGCCAAUGCAAGGCUGAAUCUCAAUCAAACUCGGAAUCAACUCAACAUUGAGACGCGGAAAGUGCAGACCGCUACUCAGGAGAAAGCGGAGAAAGAUAAGAAGAUCGAAUUCAUACAGCAGCAAUGCGUUUCCCUGCACGUACAACUUACGGCACCAAAGCCAAAAGCCUCGAAAACCCCGAAAGGAGAUGGAAGUGCAAGCGAAUGACCCAAAAAAGGUUCACCGAGGAGAGCG